AUGCCAAACGAAACAGCAACAGCAACAUCAACUACAACCAGCUGUUCAGCCUGGCAACAAUCCUCAGCGACCAACUCUAACAAAACUUCUACAGACACACCACCAGAAACUGCUCUUUUACCACCGAAAGACUGGCCCAGUCUCGCUGAAGCAACUGUAGAACAAACGGUGUCAACAAAUGAACAGACCGUGUCGAAUGAAAACGGAACAUCUCAACCGAAUACACCUCGAACACGAAAAAAGAAGGGUAAACAAAAAUGGGUGCCACUUCCAUUAGAACAGCAAGAAACUAAUGGUGAGGGUGAAAACUCAACUAACACUGAUGCUCAAAACGGUGCUAAUCGUCCAGCAACAGCAACAAAAGCAGCAACAUCAAAAGGUGGUCAUGGAAAUCGAAGUUCACGUGCAGGACGCGGAGGCAGUCGAAAUCGUGCACGUAGUCUUGAUGGUGCUGCACCAAAAAAAAGUCGAAAAAACCGCGCUGCAGCUGCUGCUGCAUCAGCAGCGGCCGCCGCUGCCUAUCAACAAACGUACGAUGCAUAUCAAGAUUAUUACUCAUAUUACUAUUAUGGACCAGAAAGUGGUACUGAAGUUCCAUGGCGUUCUGAUAAACAAAACAAACGUAAGAAGAAACUCGAAGGACCACUUGGAAUCGACCCUAAUGCCGAAGUCGAAGAUACAACAAGUGCUGAUAAUUCUCAUGAAGCAGCUAUUAAACGUGAUGUGCAUAAGUUUAUCUUCGAUGAUGAAGCUGUAGUGGUUGACGAUUGUUCUUUCGUACUCCCAUAUAUAGAAGGUGCUUACUAUUAUCAAUCUACAACACCGCCCCCUGCUACUGAUAUACCUUUAACCGACAUUGAUGUUAAUAUAGAUGAAUACACAACUCCACUAGUACCUGCUUACACUGAACAACAACUGAAAGAACUUCUUCGUCGUCAAGUCGAGUAUUAUUUCAGUAAUGAAAAUCUCGAAGCAGAUAUCUUUCUUCGACAACAAAUGUCUAAAGAUGGCUAUGUACCCUUGUCAUUGAUUGCAAGUUUCAAUCGAGUUCAAACGCUAUGCGACGACAUUAAUUUGAUAGCUGAUGCGGUAAAAGACAGUCUUAUUAUUGAAUUGAAUGAUAAGUGUAUGGCACGUUGUCGAACCGAACCAUUACGAUGGCCUCUUAUUAUGGAUGUUAGUAAUCAUUUGACAGCGCUGAACCCAGAUGUACCUGAUUUUCAACCGGGUAAAAUGUGGAAGAAUGAGAAUGAAAACAGUAAAAUUUUGAAUGGAUUAGAUGAUGAAUCGCAUCUAUUAGAGAAAGGAAGAUCAACAACGAAUGAAGUUGACUGGAGUCACGUGCCGACGAAACGAAAGAAACCAGCUAAGAAAAAGGAGAAAAAAGAACAACACCAGCAACAACAAUCUCAAACAACUUCCGAACAACAACAGUCACAGCAACAGCAACAACAACAUCAAGCAAAACAACCAAAUACUCAAUCGGAUAAUCGUGAAGAAUUGGACUUUAAAUUCGACGAAGAACUGCCCAGUACACAGACUAAUAAUAGUACGAAUAAUACACUCUCAUCUUACCUUCCACCAUCAUUUUUUCCACAAAAUCGGCAAAAUCGACGUCGUACAACAUCAUUAACACUUGAUUUACACGAUGAAUCCGACAAAGACGAAUCCGAUUUUGAGUUGGAUGAUGACGAUAUCGAUAAAAUCCUUAUUAUUACACCAACACCACCAUCAAACCGUAAACAACAUCAUAAGAAUCAUGAUCGCACUGGUGAAUACACACCGCGAGCACGAAUGACAGCCGAAAUAGCGAAAAUCAUUGAUGAUGGCCUAAGAUGGUACGAAGAAGAAUUAUGGCAUGAUCGACCAUCAUCAGCAACAACAAAUGAGAAAACAGUGAAACUAAUCAGUCAAGAAGAAAUGGAUGUUCUACGUAAAGCAUCGAAUCAAUCUCAAUCGGUUAGUGGAAGAAAGAUCAGUGCUGAUGAUGAUGACACUGAGAAUAAUCAAAACUCUCGAGCACAAGAUGAUAAAGAAAACAAUCAAUCAGUGACAAACAAUGAAAAACUAUUGCGUAGUCCAGCAAUCACUAUUAGUCGUUCGAAUAACCGUGCACCGCCACAAGUCGAACCAUUUUUCCGACCGAAACAUCCUCCAACAACAAAUCAACAUCAACACCAACAGAAUCUAUUGGAAUCAUUAACAGAUGAUUUCACUUCACAUUCAUUACCUGCUAAUACUGAUGCCGGUGUCGUACCAACUAUAAAAUCAAAACCCAUAGCGAAGACUGCAAAUGAAAAGAAACAACAGUCGCAAGCGUCGAAUGAAUAUCCAGAAGAACCACGAACGCCUCAUUCUCGUGCAAAAAAUGUCGCUCGAUUUUAUCCCGUUACCAAAGAUGCCCAUGUCGUUAAACCGGAUACACCGGGUUUGAAACGUAAAACUCGUCAUAGUGAAAAUCCACCGGUAGAAAGUUCAGUUGGUUGGGUAUUCGACUCACGUGGUCAUCCAACUACAGCGACAGCAUCAACUUCAACAGCAGCAGCAACAACAACAACAACAACCACCACCACCACCACCACAGCGACUACAGGCAAACAACGAAGUAAUACUACAACCAGUGCAUCAAGUCGCCAGCAAGACUUCUAUGAUCAAUAUUCAUCAUCAUACAAUGAGAAUCGUUAUUGGUAUGGCAAUUCAUAUGGCAGUAAUUCGAAUCUGUAUGAUUAUUAUGGUUCAACACCGGUGGAAAUUCCCCAAUUUCAACAUCCAUCGCAUUCAUUGUUACAACAGAAUGGUUUUACCCAACAAGUCUAUCUAAAAUACAAACAACAAUGUCUCGACGAAAGAACGAAACUUGGACCUGGUCAAUCUAUGGAAAUGAAUACUCUCUAUCGUUUUUGGUCAUUUUUCUUACGUGAAAACUUCAAUCGUCGGAUGUAUAACGAAUUCAGACAAUAUGCUGUUGACGAUAGUAAAACAGGUCAUAGAUAUGGACUCGAGUGUUUAUUCCGAUUCUAUACAUAUGGUCUUGAAAAACAUUUUCGUCAAGAAGUUUUGGAAGAUUUUGAAAAUGAAACACUUCGUGAUCACGAUGCUGGUAAAUGGUUGGAUCGAGAAGAUCUUGUUUCACUUUCUUGUUUAGGACAAUUAUAUGGUAUGGAGAAAUUUUGGGCAUUUCUGAAAUAUUCACGACGAAAACCAAAAAUUAAUCCAAAACUUGAGGAAAUUUUGAAGAAAUUCAAACGUCUUGAAGAUUUUCGUGUCGAUGGUGCUUCGUUUCCACAACAAUUCUAUUCGACGAAAUCAGGAAUAAUAACUGUUCCAGCACCAGAAGCAGUUGCAGCUGCAGCAGCCAAAGAAGCCGCAAUAGGAAAUAACAGUGAUACAUCAACAAUGCCAAAUUCAUUAAAGACUAGCGGUGAACAUUUUCCAUCUCGUAAUCGUGCUCCACCAAGACAACAAAAUCGACGGACCACUUCUGAACGAUGUUAA